AUGUAUAAAUUAAUAGUUUCUAAGCGAUAUAUUUUGGUGUUGGAGUAUGCUAAUGAAGGAACUUUAAGAGAUUAUUUGAAAAAAAAAUUUACUUCGUUGGAAUGGAUGGAUAAAACUCAAAUGGCAUUGGAUAUUGCUUGUGGGUUAAAAUUCUUGCAUUUCAAAGAGAUUAUUCAUAGAGAUUUGCACUCGAAAAAUAUAUUAGUAAAUAAUGGAAAAUUAUUAAUUGCUGACUUUGGAUUGUCUAAAAAGUUUGCAGAAGCUAGAAUUAAUUCAUUAGCUAAUACAAGGGGAAUGAUUGAAUAUACUGAACCACAAUGUUUCAAGUCUUUAAAAUAUAAGAAAAAUAAAAAGUCUGAUAUUUAUAGUUUAGGUGUUUUAUUAUGGGAAAUUUCAAGCGGGCGUCCUCCUUUUUCUGACUGUGAGCGGAGUUUACUUAGAGAUCACAUUAAAGAUGGUAAUAGAGAAGAACCAACUGAAGAUACACCUCUAAAGUAUCAACAACUUUAUCAAAAAUGUUGGGAAAGCGAACCAAAUUCAAGACCAGAUAUUGAAGAAGUAUAUGAAACUAUAAGUCAAUUAAAAACUGAGGAUUUUUCUUUGCUACCAUCCCCACAGUCUAAUAUUAAUGAAAUAAAAAGUUCAAACAUUGAUUAUAAUGAUGACUUAAACAUUUCUGAUGAUCUAAAUUCAAAAAGUAAGUUUAAUUUAUUAACAAGGAUUCUCAACAUCUACUAUGUUUAG